GCCUUUUCCUUGCUGGCUCCUCUGGCUCUCCCCAGUCCCCACCAUGCUGCCAGGCUCAGGGCCUUGAAGUGGAGCUCCCAGGAUGCUGGGGAUAUUUGGGAACAGCUGUGGAUGAGCCACGUGCCUGGAGCCCUCAGCCCCGCCGCUUCUGGCAGGGAAGGGGUGUGUGGGCAGGAUGUGAUGUGCUGGGGAGGAAACUGCUGGACACAGCCCUGUCGCCAGAGAUCCCAGUCCAACCUCCUUCAUGCUGGGGGGCCUAUUCAUCAUCUGACCCCCUGUCCCAAAGCAGGGGUCCAUGGGCUGCCCUAGAGAGAGAGCUUUGGGCACUGUUGUGUGGCCUCGAGAUGGAGUCCUCCUCCAUGCCAGGAUGGGGGCAGACAGGGGUCCUUGGGAUCCCCGUGGUAGUGAGGGGAAGGGGCUGAUCUGCUGCACAGUGCACAAGCACCUCUUGUUCUGGACCUGGUCCUGACCCAGUCCCAGCCCAGGGCCACUUCUAGUCCCAGCCCCAUACCACUCACAGUCACUGUCUUGCCCCAGUCCCAGUCUCAGUUCCAUCCCAGUCUCAUACCAGUUCUGGUCUCAAUCCCAGUCCCAGUCCCAGUCCCAGUUCCAGUCCCAGCUCAGUCCCAAUCCCAUAUCAGUUCUGGUCUCAGGCCCAGCCCAGACAAACUCCAGUUCCACUGUCAGUCCCAAUCCCAGCCCGGUCCAGCCCAGCACCCGCGGAGGGGCAGGAACUCACAUCCGAGCCAUUCUGGUGGAGUUUCCGACAGGAAAACAACAAAGGCGUUGGACAGAAAGGACGGCAGCAGCGCCAUGGACUGCGAGGCCAAGAAAGGGAAGAAGGGCUUCGUGUCGCCCAUCCGGCGCCUGGUGUUCCCCAAGGCUGCACGGAGGGCAGCUCUCCGCAGCAGUGUCUACCGGCGGCCGCUGCACUCGGUGCCGCUGUACCCCCCCGAUUACCUGAUCGACCCCCAGAUCCUGCUGCAUGACUACGUGGAGAAGGAGGUGAAGUUUUUGGGCCACCUGACCUGGGUAACGGCCUCGCUGAAUCCCUCCAGCCGGGAUGAGGUGCUGCAGCUGCUGGACACUGCCAGGCAGCUGAAGGAGCUGCCUCUGCAGACGACCCCGGAGCAGGACAGCAUCCUGAGCCUGUCUGCCCGUUGCCUGCUGCUCACCUGGCGUGACAACGAGGAGCUGAUCCUGCGCAUCCCCACGCAUGAGAUUGCUGCAGCCUCCUACCUGCGUGACGAUGCCCUGCACCUCCUCAUCCUCAAAACAGGCCUGGGAGUGGACCCAGUCCCCGCUGGCGCAUAUCCCGAAGCGGCCCCGGUGCUGGAGGUGCCCCCGGCUGAGAAGCGCUCGGGGAGCUCUUGGCCGGAGCCGGGGCGACUGGGAGGUGCGAUGGAGCGGCGGCACACCAUCUGCAGCCUGGACUGGCGUGCGGCUCGGGGCGGGCAGGAGGGCCGGCAGGGCGGCAGCCUGGAGCGGCGGAGGGGCGGCAGCUGGGAGCGCCGGCAGCGCGGGCGGCCGUCGGGCAGCUGGGAGAGGAGGCAGCCGUGCGGCGGCAGCUGGGAGCGGCGGCGGAUCGGCACUGCGGGUGGAAGCUGGGAACGCGGCACCGGCUUCGGCAGCUGGGAGCGACGGCACCCCGGUGGCAACCCGCUGGACCCCCAGGAGCCGUGCCCCGACGCAUAUUCCAACCUCGUCAUCCUCGCUGUGCCCAACAGGGAUGCAGCCGAGGAGUCCUGCGCGCUCAUCUGCCAGGUCUUCCAGAUCAUUUAUGGUGAUCAGAGCAUCGAAUGUGUGGACCGUGCCGGGUACCACUACACCUCCACACCCACGCGGCCCUGGCUCUCCAGCAGAAGUGAGAGCUGCCGCACAGAUGGGACGUAUGGCUACGACGCUGACUACAGCUGCUGCAGCUCCUUCAAUGGUUCCCACGAGACAUUUGAGGCAUAUUAUAGCGGGACAUCCUCACCCUCCUUCCACCAGUCCCACCACAGCCUGGCCACUGCCUGCAGUGGCAGUGACCAGAGCAGCGUGGGGCUGGAGCAGCUGCAGGACUACAUGGUGACGCUGCGCAACAAGCUGUCACCCCAGGAGAUUCAGCAGUUUGCCCUGAUGCUCCGUGAGUACCGGCUGGGCACUCCAGUGCAGGAGUACUGCACAGAGCUCCUACGCCUCUACGGGGACCGGAGGAAGUUCCUCCUGCUGGGGAUGAGACCCUUCAUCCCCGAUCAAGACAUUGGGUACUUUGAGACCUUCCUGGAGAGCAUCGGCAUCCGGGAGGGCGGCAUCCUCACCGACAGCUUCGGCCGCAUCAAGCGCAGCAUGAGCAACACGUCGGCCUCAGCUGUGCGCAGCUACGACAGCUGGUCCCUGCGCUCUGAGUCUGAGUCCUUCAACCGCAUGAUCACCAACAUCACAAAUGACAUUGAGGCACUGGCACGGGAUGAGGAGGAGGAGGAGGAGGAGGAGGAGGAGGAUAACUACCUGUGAAGGAAGCACAGGCCACCAUGGAAGGGCCUGGGCUGGGCUGAUGGCAUUUCAGGGCAGUGUUGGUCUAGAGGAGCCCCCACCAGCAGUGCCAAGUGCUGUAAUUUUUGCAGAUUGUAAUUAAAUGAACAAGAUGGGGAUUGGAGCAGGUUCUUCCUCUGUGCAAAGGGAACGUGUUGGGCAGGGGGUGAGCUGGGGCACAGGGGCAGCUCACAGAUGGGACACCCACCCACCUCAGUGCUAUGACAAGCUGGGCUGGCACAGGACGGUGCUCUCACAGCAAAGUGGGGUCAGUGCAGCUGUGCUGGGAUAGGAGGGUGGUAACCACAGCCUCCUUGUGCUGGGGGGUCUGGAUGCACUGCAGGAAAGUGUUCGCCUUCCUACAGGAUGGGGAGUGGUGGGGAUGGCUGUUCCUGGACUAAGCAAAGCCCCCAGGAGCCCCACAGCCCCGAGCAGGGGGCAGCACCGGGGCAGGCAGUGUGAGGGCUGCCCGC